CAUUUGGAGUUUGAGUUUGUUGAUUAUUUUUAUUUACCACUUAUUCAGUCAAGAAAUUUAGUUUUAACUUAAUUAAAUGGUGAUCUGUCUAACAAAAAUAAAAUGGAGCUUAUUUAUUCAAUGAGACGUAAGCCUUUGAAGUGCGAGCCGCCACAUUUUGAUGGUACAACAGAUCCAGAAGUAGUGAGGCCAAUAUGCACAAUAUCUACAUGCAACAUUAUAGCCUUCUCCUCGCUGACUGAGCUCACAGACUCUGAUGGUGAAACAUGGGGAGGCCAUGUGUAUGUGUGUGAUUUGGACACACCUUGGGAUAGCCAUAAGGUUACCAGCACAGUGCACCCGGUGUCAGCUUUAGAAUGGGACGGAGAAGGCAAACAGUUACUAAUAGCUACCACAGUUGGAGAGGUAUCAGUUUAUGGACAGAAAGAGUACCUGCUAAAUGAGUGGACUUGUUUAUACACUGCAAAUUUUCCAGGUGAAUCUAUAAAAAAGGCAACCUUUUUCCACAAUGGUCGAAGGGUAGUAGUUUUGGAGAAAAAGCCUGAUGCACCAAUCAGUGACAGGAUUCAGAUGCUAAGAGCCACACCUACGUUAAAAGGAUUUGGAGGGGUGGCUCGAAGCGGCCUGUGCGUGGUGACGGGCACGGGGUUGGUGGGCGCAGUGACACCAGGCGAGGCUGCGCGCGCGCACGUCGUUACUGACUGCCUGCGCGCCGUACGCAGCCACAUCGCCACAGCAUCUAUCGCUCACAAGAAUGGCAACCUGCUAAUAGCGGCGGGUUGGCGUCGGGGCUCCAAGCGUGGCGUGCACUGCGCGGUGUGCUCCGUGUCGCGCCCCAACUCCACGCGCUCUGCGCCGGUGUCCAUACAACUUCAGCCUUUGCCCACUGUUUACUUGCUAGACGACGACGUUACACCCAUGUCAAUAUCGUGGUGGCUUCGAGAUGACAUUGACUCGCUACUGAUCGCGGGGACCAACCUCACCGUGUGGAAGAUGACGGAACGCGCGUACCCCGUACACAAGCUCUUAUCCAAAGGUCCGGUCCAAGGCAGUACAACACCUGGCGGAGGGCCUAAAGCUGCAGAUUGUUUCAACACUGUUGCGUGGCAGCAGGCAGCCGUGUGGCAGAUGGAAGGCGGUGACAGCGCGACUCACGUAUCAGCAGCUAGGCUGCCUUUAGGCGCUCACGCGAUACUGUCCACUCCACGAGCCCUUCACCUAUUGGCGAGGGAUACCCAUCACUAUUUGGUGUCGCGCGCCGUGGUGACGAGCGGCGCGGGUGCGGGCGCGGCGGAGGCGGCGCCGGGCGCGGGCACGCCGCCUAAGAAACCCAAGUAUGGACACGGCUCCUUGCCUAGUGGAGCGAGUUGCGCCACGGUGUGGUGCGUAGAAAUGUCAGCACUGGGCGGCGUAGUGGUGGCCGUGGACACACACUCGCAGCUGCACGUGUACAAGCUGCACCAGCCCGCGCCCGAUAUACCCACCCCUCUCUCUGUACAACACGUGACCUCCCUUCUGGAAUACUCGCUGGUGUCGGGUUACGACUGCCUCGACGUACUGAUGACUCUCAAAACUAACAUCGUUGAGGCAGUCUACGAAAGGUUGACAGAGAGUUUCCAAAGACAGCCGCCGUCGUUCCAGCAGUAUUAUUUCCAUAGUUGGCUCAAACUCAGGAUAGCAUUAUGCAGCUUGUCCCCGUCAUGGCAAAGCAGUGCCGCAUCGCUGACGUCGCUGCAGCUGUGCUAUGCGGCAUGGGCCGCCUGCAGCAGCGCGCUGCGUGACGACAAGCCGGACUGCGUCGCGCUCUUGACUGCCCUGCUCGACGACCACACGCCGUCGUUGCCUGAACACGAUAAAAAUCUCCUAGCAUUAGAAGCAAAAGCGGAAAUAUCGGGUGAAGGAGCACUUCAAGCGUUGCAGCCGCUGCAAGCUCUGAGGAGGCCACUGCAACGAGCGCUGCACACAGCGCUCACUGCGCUGGCCGCGUUACAGCCGCCCAAUCUACACCAGCUGCAACACCACAACGGGUACGAGCUGUGGUCGGACCCCGCAGCAAUAACGCUACUGCGGAAGCUCGUGGUGGUCGCGCGCGCGUGCGGGCGCGGCGGCGAGGCGCUCAGUCGCCCGCUCGCGCGACUGGCAGCCGGCGCGCCUCCCAAACCUGACUUGUUAGAGGAGUGUGCGUGUGUGUGCGCGCAGUUUCCGGCGCGCGUGUGGGACGCCUUGCCGCGCCGCUGCCUCGCCGCGCCGCACGCUAAAGGCUGGCCUCUAUAUUUCGAAUACGGCGUGGAACCGGAGUCGCUGCGAUACGUGCCCGAGCCACCCGCGUACGCACAGUCCGACAUUGCGCCUACGCUCGAUAUGGAUUCAAUAAGGUACAUGUACUUGGGCGGCGGGCGACGCGCGGCGCGCUGGCGGCGCUGCGGGCGGUGCGGGGCGCGCGCUCUGCCCGCCGCCGCGCCCGCCAGGCAUCCGCUACAGAAGGCCUACGACGGACGGUUCAUAGCCGCUUGCAGAUGCGGUGGCAAAUGGACUCUCGUUUCUAAUGUAUAAAUAAACCCAAUUGUUAAUAGGCCUAUUAUUAUUUUGUAUUGUAAAUAAAAUAUUUUUCAAUUCA